ACGCUGUCCUAUUAUAUAUGAGUUUUUAUUAACUCUUGGGCAUGGCAUGAGUAGUUUCUCAUCUCUUGUAUAUCUAUCAGCCAUGUCCAACGAUCCAAGAUCUCUGAGUUACUCCUCUCUCACCCGUUUCACCAGGGCGAUUACAGGCUCAGAACCUUGGUCUUUUCUGUGACCCUUUUUUUCUCUCUUUCUCAAAACACAAACUUUGGUCCUUUUUUUUUCUUUUUUAGCGGCAGAAAGAAAUGGGUAUGGGGGAAAAGAGUCCAAAGAGCUUCCAUAUGCAGCACCGGAACCAGCAGAAGCAAGAGUUCAGAGGGGUCCCAAAAGGGUGCAUGGCGAUUAAAGUGGGUCAAGGAGAAGAGCAAGAAAGGUUCGUGGUGCCUGUCAUGUACAUCAACCACCCUCUCUUCAUGCAGCUUCUCAAAGAGGCUGAGGAAGAGUACGGUUUCGACCAAAAGGGUACCAUAACAAUCCCUUGCCAUGUCGAGGAAUUCAGAAACGUUAGAGGCUUGAUUGAUAGGGACAAGUCCCUUCACCACCACCACCAUGUUGGUUGCUUUGGCUUCUGAAUUUCGAUCCAAACAAAGGUUUUAUGGUCACGAUUUUGUAGUUCACAAUUUCCCAUGAUGUCAGGAAUUACAAUAAAAUCGUGGUCGCAAAUUAAAACCUUGGUUAAAUCCAUGAAACAAAGAGUUGGUCUUGGGCUAGAAUCCACCACCACCACCCUUUUUUUAUUUAUUUAUGAUUUUCUCAUGUAAAUUCCUAGAUUGUUAGGUUUUUUCUUUUUAGUGUUUGGUUUAUGUGAAAGGAAAGGCCUUAGUUAGGUGAUGGCAAGGACAACAGAAUGUUGUUUCUUCCAAUUGUACUUAACUUUUUCUAUAUUGUUAGGAGCCGUAAUGAAAAAAAGAGAUGCUUUGCUUUUCUUUUCUUUUCGUGGAGAAUUUUUUUUCACGCGCUGGAAUAAUUGGUACACCACUCUUUUAGAAAGAGGAGAAAUUGAAAAGAAAGGAAUUGACGGUAAGUAGGGCCGAAAUUUUGUUUCUUUUCCUUUCUUUUGAGGCACUUAAUUCUCCACGAUCAGUUUGGUAUCUAUCUCACUGUAAUUGAUGGGGUUAACUAUUAUGUUCUUGGUUAUGAAAAAUAAUUACUGGUGCGGUUCUUAAUUGUGCUCUGAUUAUUGAAAUUGUGGGUACUGGUUGUAGUUUCUUUCUAAUCAAUUGUGAACAUUUGUACGGAACUUCAUUAAUUCCAAUUAGGUGUUUAUUA